GAGUGCAACACGUGGACGAAGCGUUACCUCCUGAUGCAAUUUCGAUCGCAUCUAAGGAUAUAAUAAGAUAAUGUUUUAAUUCAGUCUCAUUUCCCUUUACAGAUUACAAGACAUGGCAGGCAGAAGACGAGGAACUGAGUUGGGCGUUUUGUUGUUGGGGACGCAGUUACUGCAGUUCGGAGUGGACCGCAUCCCACCAGUCACCCUUGGGACUAUCAUACUCAAUGUUGUGGCAUACUUGUAUUUACCAUUUAGAACUGGACAGACUUGUAUAAGUACUCAGAACGUGUGGAAUCAGUGGGAGUUAAAACGACUGUUAAUCGGGGCCAUUGAUCAUGCCCAUGACUUUCACCUCUACUACAAUAUGGUGUCGUUUUUAUGGAAAGGAACAAGCUUGGAAAAACGUUUCAAGUCUCCGUAUUUUGCUUACAUCUUGGUUGUGUUUACCAUACUAACUGGUGCGACUAUGGUUGGGAUGAAUUCUCUUCUGGCACAGUUAACCCACAACCCAUAUUACAUUCACCAGUGUGCUGUUGGCUUUUCAGGUGUAGUUUUUGCCCUCAAAGUGUUGACGACACAUUACGAGCCUCCAGGAACACGAUAUGUCCUUAACUUCAUACCUGUCCCAUCAAAGUGGGUGUACUGGGCAGAACUAGUGCUAAUCCAGGUGCUUGUUCCUAACGCUUCAUUUACAGGUCAUUUAGCUGGCAUUCUGGUGGGUCUGGCAUAUGUACGAGGACCUCUUAAGCAUAUUAUGGAAAUGUUUAUUCCAACAGCACCUUCAUAUAGAUACACCUCAGGGAGGAGUGGGAAUCGGAGAAGCUCUGAAGAUUAUAGGUCUGGGUACUCCUGGGAUGCCCCUCGACCUCGUCCCUCAGCACCAUAUGAACAGCCGCGGUGGUACCCAGGGGAUACUCGAUUCAGUGGAGCAAGUACUCCAUCCGCACCCAGGGAGGAAGCCUUUAGAGAUGCUCCUUACCCACCCAGUGGGCGCCCCUCUGGGCAGCGACUAUACCCAGAUCUAGAUACAGAGAUGAGUUCUCACCCAGGGGGCAUGACUGAGGAGGAGCAGAUUAGGCUUUUACUGGAGAGAAGCCAGUGGGACAGGUGAACACUGGUACAGAAC